GUCAAUACGCAUUAACAUUGACUCUCUAUGCUUUACUGGAGUGCCGUGCCGCGCCUACAUGUAGCUCCGUUGUCAUGCAAGACCAAGCCUAAUUAUCUGUAAACGGCCUGCAUAUUUUGACGGUCGAUGAAUUCUGUAAAUUCGAUAUCCAAAGAAACUCUACAGAUAUGAUGUCACGUCAAUUUGACUUCAGAAAGCUGACCUUGAUUCGGAUGAAGCUGCGAGAAGUUCACACUGGGAAUGAGCGGGUAGACAAGGUCGUACACGCCUUGACCAACGGCAGGGCAGCCAGUGCCAUGACCGCCUACGAGCAGUUCAUAGGCAUCAGUAAUGUGAAGGCAGCUCAGAAUAGAGUCGCAGAGGUGGAGAAAGAGUUUCUCAAGGUACGUGAGGAAGUAGCGGAAGCAAACGGGGAAGUUAGCGGUCUCCAAACAAAGCUUCAUAGCUUGAGAGGCAAGCUGGAUCGUACUCCAAGAGAUGACCCAAAGUUCCUUGAACUAGCCACUGAAGAACAUGCCAUGCUGCAGGCUGAAACUCGCCUCAAGGAGAGAUUCACCAAAGUGGAAGCGAGAGAAAGAGACACGUUUUCCCACCUCUCUACCGCCGUACGGGAGAGCCAUGAAAAACAGAGGGCGCAAGAAGAGCGCACAAAGUACUGGUCAGUGAUAGGUUCUAUCGUGGGAACUCUUAUAGGUAUCCUAGGUUCUACCAUAGUUAAUCAUAAACGUAUGGGUGAAUUGCGGACAUUGGUCUCUGAGCUUAGCACAGGGGACUUUGGGUCGGAGAGCACGCGUCAGGAGCUGACUGCCAUCGUUCAACAACUCAAGGAAUCGCUGGGUCAGGAUAAUGAUGCAAUGCAGCACCCAAAUCUCAAGAAUAGCAUGGAUGAUACUCUAAUCAAGCAUGAUGAGCUUCUGAGUCAGCAGCUUGAAGCCAUUGAGAAGCUGAUGGAUGAAAGGAAUAGUAAACUGAGUGAUCAGAUCAAAGGUAUGAGGAGGAUGACUGAGGUUGGUUUGGUCAGUGAUACAGGAACGUUGGAGGAGUUGCUAAGUGAUACAGAACAGAAACUAGAAUGGGAGAUGAAGAUGAGUACAUUAUCAACGGUGGUUUUCAUUUACGGUGCUUUUGCUUUAACCUUACCAAUAUUGUACAGUAUAUUCAAGUGAUAUACCAUAUAUACCGGUAUAUUAAAAUCUAUAAUAUCAUAUGCUUGGGUGAUAGUUUCUCAGGGCCCCGUCUUAUGAAAUGUUGCCAUUGAUCCUAAUCAAUCGUAAGCCCUCCAAUCAAUUGCAAAAUUGCAGUUUCCUAUCUCUUAUUUACAUUGUUGUGAUUAAUAUCAACUCUUUAAAAGACGGGGUCCUAGAUCUCGCUGUAUGGAUUGCUUGUAUAAUACAAUCCUGGAUAAUUUGCUUAGAACCAAGAAUGAUCUGGCUUUGGGUUUUUAUUUCAUAUGUUGUCUUGAACCAAGGAAUGAGAUUUUGAAAGCAACUUACAAUGCUCAGAAGAGCACUGCUAUAUCGCUCUAUGCAGUAAGAUUUUUAGACAUAUAUAGUCAUUAUAAAAGAUAUGAUUGAGAUUGAUUUCAUUAAAAAAAAAUUAUGUUGAUAGUGGCUUGCUUGCAUGUACUGCCUAGGAUUUAAAAAAAAAUCAUUAUUCAGUUAUUACAGUAAUAGUAUAUAUAUGUAAAGCUUGUAUGAAUUAUGGACUAGAUCAAGUCUAACAAAACAGUAAGUACAAGUACAGUGUAUGUGAAAUAUGGUACUAUUUCUUACAAUUCAACAAUGCUCAUGUGAUGCUGCAAUAUUUAUAUGGUUUUUAGGUUCAAAACCAGAUACAUGUAAAUGUGCAAUUUUCUAGUAAAUCCUAUCUGCUUUCUUAUCAGUACCUGUAUUACUGCAAUUUUAUGCUCUUAGUUUGAACUUUGAGAACAAAUAUUUGAAUAUAUGUGGAUGUAUCAACUAUGUUGUUGAUACAGUUUUCAUUUCUAGACUACUUUCAUCAGUACAUUAUCAAAGAGGUUUGUCCAAAAUAAUUUAUCAAGUAUCAUGUCGUAAUACCUGUAGACAUUUUAUGCCUUGAGUGGACACUUCAUUUACAGUAUGUUGUGAUUAAAAAUUGACACAUUAAACAUUUAUUGUUUAGGCUUUUAGUCUUAAGCUUGUAUCUGAUUUAUUUUCCUGUACUUGUAUACAUUUUGUACUGCUAGAUUAUGUUGUUUAUUUAGAGCUUAUACACAGAAAAAAGAAACAAAAGAAAGCGUACUGUUUGACAGAACUUUGUUAACUUUAGGAUAAAUUAUAGAAAUAUUUUCCCAUCUUACAAUGUCCUUGUUGUAGCAACGCUUACAUGUACAUGUGGAAAGGGACUACAUUUUUUUUCCUUCAUGUAUUUCUCCUGCUUUUGAGCAGAAAUGGGUAAAAUGGUUGAUUGAUCAUUAAGUAAUUGUGCUUUAAUGAUAUUAACGUAGGAUAAUUGAGAAGUAAAAGGGAGUGCAACUAGUCUAUACUCAGAAAUAUUUGUUCAUGAUAUUGUGGUUUUUCCCCUCAAAAUUUAGCUUUUGAGUUUUGAUGACCAAGAAGCUUGUGUACACAUUGUCAUCUGAAGUUAAGUCUUCUUGUCUGCAUUAUAAAAUAACUACAAGUAUUAGUCUAAUUAUAGCAAUUAAUUUUUUCCUAUCUUGUUUGAAUAUGAAUUUAAAAUGGAAUCAUGUUUAGAAAGGUUUUUUUUUUAAAUGUGCUACAAUAUUCAUCAAGAGGGCUAGUUUAGGGUUUUGGGUUAUUUCAUUUCCUGUGUAUUAUCAAGUAUUGUGAUAGUAUAAACAUGGAUUGAUAUCAGAAGCAUUAUUUUACUUGAUAUUUGGUACAAUCCAUGUAGUAUGAACUUAAUACAAUAAUCAGAAAUAUCAGAUGAACCAAAAUGACAAAUCUUUGAUGUUGUCAGUAAUGUCUCCUUGGACAAAAUAGCUUGAACGUGCCCUAUCAGAUAUUUGCUGAUUGUAAUAGAAAAUAGAAUUUAAAUCUAUUUUCUCAAAUGUCUUAUUUUGAAGAAUAUUACUAGUGAGUCAUGGAGUUGUUUUACAUGUCAUAUAUUUAUGUAGAAACAAAGUGCAUACCAAAGAACAACGUCUUCCACAUAGAUUACACUUAUUUACCUCUUAUUCUCAAUUAUGAAGUUCAACGCUUGAUCAUCCUUUAUGGGCUGUUCAUGUGUGAGAACCAGUGACUGUAUCAGAGAUGUAACAUUUGGAUGUACAUAGGUGGAGGUGGAGUAAUAUCACUUUAUGUGUUAUAUAUUUUAAUCGAGUACAUUUAAGCAAACACAAUGAGAUAAGUUUAAGAAAACUAACUGUUUUAAGAUGCACUUGAACGUAUUUAUGACACUAGUGAAAGCAUGCAACUGUAUUAUGAUUAUGAUUAUAAUUGUUAUGUUUUCAUCAAAAUAUUGCUUUUUGCUUCUAUAUUCAACCCCAUCUGUGCCAAAUGCAUCAAAUGCCACCCCAAAAUAUUUCCAGUUUACUCUAUGAUGAUGAGCAGAUGGCCGGAAAAUAUUUGUUUUAUCCCAAGUAUAUGUUAACAAGUAUUGUUGUUCCCACCGGAGAUACUGAAACUGAAAGCCAAAUUGAACAUUGACAUCCAUAGUUAUGAUCCAGACUUUGACUCUUGAAAGUUAUUUUGGAUAACUUGUCACAAUCCGAGUGGCAAAGUAGGGGUUGAAGUACAAUCUACCCAAAGCCAGACUUGGUCUUUGCGGUGCUGUGAAAUUAUUUUCAUUGGAAAUAGGUUUUAAAAAUUGUCAAGUUUGUUUCACCUUCCUGCUUUAGAAUGAUUCCCACUAAGCUAUGCAAGGUGAGAUGCCAAGUUCUUGCUAGACAAGUGGAGAUACGACGCAAGCUUCUAUGUAAUCAUGUAUGAUUCUGCACGUGUGUGACAGUAAUGAAAGCUACAAAGAUAGCUGGCAAGAUAUGUAAAGAUUUGCUUUUUUAUCCUUAUCUUUCGAUAUAUUUUUUCUCUGCCGGCACAGAAGACGGCAGGUUUAUUGGACAAUUUAGUCAGUCAGCUAGGUAUUCAAAGUAAUAUAGCCAUUAGUUUGGACUACAGUGUCUGGAAUAUCAUUAUAUGACUUUGGAAUUGCAAGUCUAUCGUAGGACUUUAUGCCGAAAUGUUAACUACUAUUGAUACAUCAUAUAUACACCAUUCACCGAUAUCAAUGUACUACAUUGUGUGUAUUAAAUGAGACAUAUUAUGGCUGUAACUUGGUGACUGAAUAAUGUAACAUUACUUAUGCAAUGUAAAGGCUUGUAUCGAAAUAAUAAUUAAUACAUGUAUUAUUAAAACUGGGGAGCACUUGCCAGUCUAAUAACUGAA